AAAUCAGUAAUUUGACCCAGCAGCCAACAUAGCAGUCUCCAGGCAACAAGAUACUCAGAAAGUCAUGCCUGCCUUGACUUCGUCAUAGUUAUCCAACAAAGGCUCUGUGACUCAAGCAAUCGUGGGUUUAUUUUUUUUAUCUUGGUCUGUCACUCGGUGUCCGAUUAAACGAUGGCUGGAGUGUGCGUUCCAUCUGAGCCAUCCUCUACGGAUUUGCACCGGGUCAGACUUCUGCAAUCAAAUGUAAAKCGAGUUAGUGCAAGAUGGAUGCACAGGCAAAUGAACUUGCCCCGCGAGAGAGGUKCGGAGGGAAGAUAUUACUUUAACAGUUUACUAGAACAACAGAGGAGUGCAUUCUCGAAAUUCAACCUACUGGCCCAUCCACCUGCGGACAACGCGCCCUUGGCGCCUUUACGAGAUGAGGUCUUGUUGAUUGAUCCGUGCUCUGGGCAUCUAAGUGCGGGGGCUGAGGUGGAUUUGGCAACUAAAGGAAGACCUCAAUUUAUAGAUAUCCCUAAUAUUCCGUCUGGAUUAUGGGUCGCCCCCGGUUCCAGAGAAAGGCCCCAGACUCCUUCAGUCAGGCCAUCAGCCGGGACAUGCGACCUGUCAGAAAACAAGGCAUGGAACUCAAGGUCAAUGUCAGACGCAGCUCUUCGGGCCAGUCUUGGAGGUUGGACAAGUCAUUCGAAGGUGAAACCAGGGCCUCCCAAAAUGCCAUGUACCGUGAAAUCCUUCAGUUUUUUCCCUGAAAGAGAGAACCUGGAUGUCAGCCCCUCUGGCUCCAGUCAGUGGAUAGAGAAGGCAGCACAACGUUAUAUCUACACUUCAGUGGCUCAGAGGGGCUAUGAGGACGUCGGUUGGGACGCAAAAUUACCGCGGCGCAUGAAGCCCCCGGCAACCACCCUUGAGAAAAUGGCGGACCCUGUGAAUCAGCAUUUCACCCAGAAGUGUUACCACAGCAAACCAGAGCUGUGGCAGGCGAUUGGAGCCCAUUGGAACAGGCACCAGCUUCGUGCUAGGAAUGAAGUGCGGAAACCUAUAACAUUCACCAGUCCCUGCCCAAACACCUGUCAAAUUCCAUUGUAUGGUGGUGUGGUGGGGUCCAUGAACAUGGACAACAUAGAUAAGACAGGAUAUGACUUCUACCCCUUGACUAUGCAGCGGACCACUUUGCCCCCAUACACUCCCACGGCACACCGCCCCACCAUCCCUGGCUAUACCGGCAAGGCUCACUAUGAUGGUGCUCGGUCCUCUGGGUUCAGUCUGCCUCUUCUACCCAGCUCUGCCCCAUGGACCAAUCCGGGUUUAUGGAAUCCUCCCGCUUAUGCUCGUACUGCACCUCUGUCCAGAAUGGUGACCACUGUGCCUCCACAAAACCCAUUCCUACACUCCAAGCGACCAGUUUUUCCUAUUUAAUGCCUCUUCAAGAACACAUGAGAAAUAUUAAACAAAACGUAUGAGAAACUUUG